CCCUUCUCGCUGGCUCGUCUAGCACUUCUAGAUUAUUCCUCACAGUUCUUCCCUACCACAGCUCCCUACCACGCUCUCUGCCACGUUAUGCCGCUGCGACGUGCUGGCGUGCUAGAGGCACAGUGCGCUUUGGCGCCUUGCACACUGGCCCUGUGCGCCUUGUGACGCGCGCGCUGGCGCCGUCCGCGCUGACGCCGCGCGCGCUGGCGCCGUGCGCGCUGGCGCCGUGUGUGCUGCCACCAUGCGCGCCGGGGCUGCCGCCGUGCUCGCCGGCGCCGUGCGCGCUGGUGCCAUGCGCUCCCUCCUCUCUACUCUCUCUCCCCUCCUCUCUCCUCUCUCCCCUCUCCUCUCUCCUUUCUCCAAUCUCCUCUCUCCUUUCUCCUAUCUCCUCUCUCCUAUCUCCUAUCUUCUCUCCUAUCUCCUCUCUCCUAUCCCCUCUCUCCUAUCUCCUCUAUCCUAUCUCCUCUCUCCUCUCUCCUCUCUCCUCUCUCCUCUCUCAUAUUUCCUCUCUCCGCCCAAUGCCUCCCUCCUUCCCCGAUCCUGCCCCUACCGCGUCUCACCUCACCCUCUCAGGUCAAUGCUUUCAACCUCGCAGCAGCCAGCAGUGUGAAUCGGUGCGACAUUCUGUAGCUUGACUUUUCUCCGCCCCACACCCUCCUCCUUUCCUUACCCUGCCUGUCCCUACCCUGUCUCUGCUCACCCCCUCAGGUGAGUGCAUUCAACCCAGCAGUAGUGGGCAACGUGAUGUGCCGCAACCUUAUCAACAUUGACUGGUCGUGUAGUACGCGCUGUCUGUUCCAGCUGCAAGACAAAGAACAUCUUCCAACACCAAUUUCUAUUGCUUGUUGGAACAUAAUGCGGGGACAAAUUUGUGAUCUCGCGACGUUACCGCUGUUCUCUAAUUUGGAUAUAGGGGACUCCAGUUAUUAGGCUAUUUGCGAUGCUGCAUGUGUCUGCUUGAUUGUUGUUUGCAUGAGAGGGGUGUGCAUGGUUUUGAUAAAUUCUCUGUUUCGGGGUGUGUUUGCUGCUCUUAGUCUCUAUGUGCAUAGUGCGUGUGGCUGCAAAUGUGAUAAGGCGUGGAUUGUGUCUGC